AGGGUAGUUCAACUUCAUCUUAUACUAUCGGUAAUGUGGAUUCUAAUUCACAUAAUGAAAUUUAUGCAUUUUCUACAACACAAUCUAAUGAUUCAAAAAAUCACAAUGGUAUUGUACUUCAUUCUGGUGAUAAUAUGCAUUUAAAUUUUGUACAACAUGAUUUAAUUUUGAAACGACAAACUUUAGCAGAAUUAGAACGUGUUAGUUUACGUAGAGCUGUGGUAGAAGAACGUCGACGUUUUGCUGAAUUGCUUACUUGUUUAAAACCGGUUUUAGAUUCAAAGUUAGCCAUAUUUGGUGAUGUUAGUUUAUUUGAAGAAUCAAUUCGUGCUAUUAUUACACAUAGUUUGUAUGAUCCAAAUCAAAUACCAAGUGAUAUAGAAGAAGCCAUUGAUUAUGCUGUUGGUCAUGUGACUUCAAAUCUUUUAAGCGAUCGUAAAUAUUCAUCCUCAUCGUCGUCAACAUCAUUUGCUAGUGGUAGUCGUUCAGAGUCACGUUGUACUAUACGAUCAGCAAAACAUUCUUCUACGACGACUACUACUACUACUAUGGGCAAUGGUUUAGAUUAUGCAAACAAUACUACUAGUUUAUCUUGUCAUGCAUCUGAAUUAAGUUUACAAUCUGCAAUAUCUGUAUCGACAAAUGGAUCAUGGAAUCAUAAUCAUCAUCAUCAUCAUAAUGGCAGUGGUAGUAAUUAUUCACAGUCAACUAUUCAUGCAUCACAACAACAUUGUGAUGUAUUGUUGAAUUCUGCACAGAAUUCA